AUGUCAGAUUUAGUAGCAUUACAGAGGGAUUAUCUGUUGAAAUUGAUCAGUGAUGUGCGUACAGAUCAUGAUCUUAAGUUUUUAGUGAUUGAUUCUGUUGUUGAGAAUAUUUUUGGGUAUCUUUUCACUAAUCCUAAGGAAUUGUUAAACUAUGUUACUGGUGUAGACAAGAUUGAUUCUUCCAAGAGGAAAGGUCAAGCUUCCGUUGAUGCAAUCUAUCUUGUUGCUCCAACAAAAUUCAAUAUCAGUUGUAUUGAUGCGGAUUUCAGUAACAUUCCUCCAAAGUAUAAGAGGGGUCAUAUUCGGUUUUUGCCAGGUUUUGAAGGUCAUUUAGUUCAAUUCUUCCAUUCAAAACGUUAUAUUAGUCAGUAUUUGGCUUCUUUAUCGGAAGCAAAGCUUGGGUUUAUACCGAAGGAAUCCCAAUAUUUCCAAACUCUGGGGAUUGAUAAGCCUUUACAAAUCUUUUUCAAUAGAAAUUGUGGUGAUCUAAUAGAAAAAAAUAUUAAAAAAACCAUCAAUUCUCUUUUAGAUAUUUGUAUCUUAACUGGUGAAUAUCCAAUUGUCAGAUAUUCUGAACCGUUGCCAAAUCAAACUGAACUGACCCCAGCAACAAGAUUAGUUAAAAAAUUGGCAUUUGAAUUCCAAAAUACUUUGGAUAACUAUGCAAGAGAUCAUCAAGAUUUCCCACCACAAUCAAAUCGACCACGUUCUGUAUUCAUUAUCACUGACAGAACUCUGGAUUUAUUCAGUCCUGUUUUGCAUGAUUUUUCAUACCAAGCAAUGGCUUAUGAUUUAAUUGAUGAUAUAGACUUGAAAACUGAUACCUAUCAUUACAAUGCAGAAAACGAAAUGGGGGAAAAUGAAGAGAAGACCGCGAAACUAUUGGAUUUGACUGAUCCAGAUUGGGUUGAUUUAAAACAUCAGCACAUCAUCGAUGCAAGUGAUUAUUUAGCAGGGAAAAUCAAAGAAAUUAUUGCUAAAAAUCCUCUAUUAGUAGAUAGAACAAAUGUUAAAAAUACUACUGACUUAUUAAGUGUCGUUGCCCACUUGAAAGAUUUUGAUGAAGAAAGAAGAAGAUUAAUUCUUCAUAGGACUUUAAUAGACGCAUGUUUAGAGAUUAAUCAAACAAGGCAACUUGCUAAACAUGCUGAAAUCGAACAAGAUUUAUCUGGAUUCGGUUUAAAUAUGGAAGGUGAAAAAGUAAAAUCAAUUAUAAACCCGUUGUUAAUAUCGUUAAGUUCAAAAGAACCUAGCAUUACUGAUAAAGUUAGAUACAUUAUCAUUUAUGCCCUAUACAGAGGUGGUUUGGUCGAACAAGAUUAUAUGAAAUUGUUAAAUUUUCUUGGUAUUAAUGAAGAACAUGAUUUCUUUAGCCAUUUUAUGACUUUAUUUAAAAACUUCGAAAUGUUAGGCUUUAAACUAAUCAAAGAUGAUCUAAAAACAAAGCCUUUUAGAAAAGAGUGGUUUCAUGAUACUAUAAUCAAGGACUCAAACGUCUACAACACUUCAAGAUAUAUACCUGCUGUGGGAAGUAACCUAUCCAAAUUGAUAACAAAUCCUCUAUUAUUAAGUGAAGAUUUCUUUCCUUAUGUUAAAGAUAAACCUAUUGAAUUAUUAGAUGAAGAGGAAUUAGAGGCUGCAGGUGCCGCUGCCUCAGUAAAUUCAUCAGCGUCGUUGAGAAACCCUCGUCAUAAAGCGGCAUGGACUAAACAUAGUGGUUCAAAUGCUAAACAACAAAAUAGGGCCCCAAGACAGAGAUUUUUUUACUACGUUUUAGGUGGGGUCACUUAUGCAGAAAUAAAGGCAGCAUACGAUCAAUCUCAUUUGAAGAACAGAGAUGUCUUUAUUGGAAGUGACGGUAUCGUCACUCCUUUGUCUUUUAUGAAAAGUAUAGAGUAUUUGGGCACUCCAAGAGAAAUGUUAGAUUUAGAUGAUGAUAGAAAGGAGAAAGAAACAGUUCCAGACUUCUUCUUUGAUUCACUUGCUCCUGUUGCUGCUCCUGUGUCCCAAAAGCAUAUUCGUAGUCAUAAUCCACAACACGCGCAACAAAAUCAACAACAACAAGAACAACAACAGAAUCAAAAUCAGAAUCAAAAUCAGAAUCAAAAUCAAAAUCAAAAUCAAAAUCAAAAUCAAUCUGUGGCUAGUCCACCACCAGCAUCUUCUUCUCCAGUUCCAGACAAGGAAGAUAAGAAGAAGCAUAAUAAAUUUCAAAAGUUUUUCAGAUCUAAGAAGAAAGAGUAA